CCCCCCCUCGGCACCUUUCCCAAUACAAUAGCAGCGUCGCCAUCCACCCAACUACUACCACGCCAGCUAUGUCCGACACGCCGGGCCGCCGCAGUGGCUCCAAAGAGGACGCGCCAAAACAGUCUCGCCGACGCAUAUCGCACAUCUCAAAAGCUUGCAAUGGAUGUCGUAGAAGGAAAAUGAAAUGUGACGGCGCGCAGCCAUCUUGUGCGAUUUGCAAGGUGUACAAGGAGGAGUGCGUGUACAACCCCGAGGCGGAUGGUCGGCGCUCGACACCCAAAGCGUACGUUGCCGCGCUCGAGGAACGUGUGCGUGUCCUCGAGGGCAUGCUCAAGAACGCGGGCCUGGAAGCGGGCGCUGGGGAGGCCAAGCCAGAGCCACCAGAGAACGAGACGACGCCGGAGACCGCGGGUCUGGACCGGCUGAAGAUCGACGAGACCACCGGCGAGCUGUUCGAGUAUGGCCCGACGUCGCUCUUCAAGCACGUGCCUGAGGGAAGCGAUGAUGCGUCGCCCGCCGCAACUCUCGGCCCGUCCCCGAUGGGUGCGCCGCCCGCGGUCGGUGCUGAGCGGCCUGCGCUCCUGCGCCCGCGUGAGGUUAUGAUUGCCGAGCUCAACUGCCCGGAGCUCGACGACACGACGCACGAGAAGGUCCUGCGCCUCUUCUUCGAUUACUUCAACCCGCAGAGCUUCUGGGUGGAUGAGCGCAAGUUCCGCCGCGAUAUGGCGUCGUCGCCUGUAGUCGACGGAACGAUCAUCCGCGCGCGCCGCACGGCGCACUACUCCCCAUUGCUACACAACGUGAUCUUGGCGCUGGGCGUCGCCUUCCUCGAGAUUCCUGUUGAGGUGCGCGAACAGCUGGGCAUUGCGUUCAGCAAGCGUGCCAAGGACCUGCUGGAGGAAGAAGCGGAGACGGCGAUGCUCUCGACAGUCUCUGGGGUGCUGCUCCUUGGGAGCUAUCACGCGUCUGUGGCACGCCACAACCUCGGAUUCAUGUACUCGGGCAUCGGGUUGCGACUGGUACAGGCGCUGGGCCUCGGCACCAACUGCAACUACUGGGUGACGAACGGCGCGAUCAGCGAGGAAACGAAGCAGUCGCGCUACAACAUGUGGUACUGCGCGUAUAUCCUCGACAAGUGCUGGUCGACGUACGUUGGUCGCUCGGCCGCACUGCCGCUCGCUCAGCAUGACAUUCCCGUGCCCACACCCGACGCCGAGGAGGACGAGCUCAUCUGGCACCCGAUCAUCCACACGCCCCGUUCCGAGACCUUUGAUCCCAAGGUCGGGCAGGCUGCGAUAGAGCUCUCCGACGCUAUUGCGACCGCCAACGCCGAGCCCGUCAAGGGUUGGCGCUCGACGACGUUUGUGUGGAUGAUCAAGUUAAGCAUUGUCGCCGAGCGCGUGCUUAGCACCGUCUACUCGAUCAACUUCAACAUUCGCUCCAGCAACGUUAGACAUGUGGUAUCGGAGCUUGAUGUUCUGCUGGAGAAGUGGCUUGACUCGAUUCCUGACGAGCUGCGCCUUCCGACGGCUGGGCGCAGCGAGCGCGUCGUUCCCGGUCACAUUCUGAGUCUGCACGCCUUCCACUGUUUCAUUCUCAUACUCCUGCACCGCCCGUGGUUCGCCAACUGCUCGCCUACCACACUCGACGCCGGGCCGGACGGAUCAGUCGCGAAGUGCGAGCGCGCCGCCGCAAAGUUCAUGACGAUUCUGCAGAUGUGGCGCCGCUGCCCUGGCCUGCGCUACUCGCCCGUGACUCUUGGCCAGGUGGCCUUCUCCGCGGGCACCGUGCAUCUGUUGAGCGCGAGCCACUGCGCGUCCAAGCAGAGUCGCAAGUUCAAAGCAUGUGUCGAGCACGUGCAGACGUGCAUCACGGCGCUGCGCGAGAUGGGUGAGACGCUCAAGUGCGCAGCCGUGAGCGCAAACACGCUCCAGAAGCUGCUGGACGAGAGCUACGCGCCCGCGCCGCCGAAGCCUGCGCCGCCACCCGCGCCCACCCCCAACGCAGGCUUCGACAUAGCCGCCAUGCUUCAGAACCCCAUGUUCGCCGAGCAACUCAAGUCGCUCGGCUGGGCGCCUCCUACGGCGGGCGGGGCUGGCCCGGCACUCAGCACCGGCACUGGCGGGAGCGCGGCGUCGACGCCGUCGGGGCCCAUGAAUGGCGUGCCCGGCACCAACGGCGCCAUCGACUGGUCGCUGUUCGGCCAUCUCCACCCGCUCGGCGGCAUGCCGAUGAACCCGGCCAACCAGGGGGCUGGAGAGCAGGGGCAGAACAUCUAUGACGUGCUGUACGCCGGCGGAUCCGAGACCGCGUUCCCGGCUGGGAACGCUUGGCAGUGGCCGUUUGGCGCGUCGGACGGCGCAGGCGUGGGCUUGUAAGGGUGGUAGCGAAGAGGAAGCAGGGUUUUUGUACGACCAUACUGUAUAGAUUAGUCACUUGUCAUAAUGUCCACGGGUCGCGAAGAAUGGGGAGAGCUGAUCCAAACUAUUCAGUCGUCAAAUUGUACAUUCAUCACAAACGUUGGGGCACGGCGCACCUUUACCACUAUCGCUUGCGCCGACGGUGUCUCAAAGGUCUGGCAGCUGGCAGACCAUCUUAUCUCCUGUCUGCAACAAAACCGCACCCAAAAGGCAUCCAGCUCGGACAUUGAAGCCC